AUGUCAGGUCUAUGCUGUCUCUGGGCAACCUUCCCAGAAGGACGUGAGGAAUGGUACGAGAACGAAUACCUACCAUCAAUCGACUCGCCAAAUGCCAUCCAUGGCAUACAUUGCGAGGUAACGGCGAGCGGUAUGGAGGACGAGCCAGUGGGCAAGUUAGAUUCGCCGUGGCCCUAUAUGACCGUUUGGGAGGUGAACUCUGUCGACCAGUCCAACAAGGACAUGUAUGAUUUAUCAUACCACCCACCCAGCAGCGAGUUGCAAAGCUCACUCAAGGAUCUGCGAUUCGAUAUCCGAUCAUAUCGAGAGAUCAAGGCUUGGAAACAAGACGAUUGGUCAGGUGACGGUGGUGGUAAGAUCACGGGACAGGAUCAAGCCGGCGAUGACGGACUAAUGUCGAUAGACAUCGAAUACGUUGCAAGCGUAGCGGCAAUGGAAUGGAACGUGGCUGCGGACAAAGAAGAGGAGGUCUUGAAGUACUACAAAGAUGUCGUCGGUCCCACAAUAUCUAGUUCACCAGACGUACUGCGGUUUCGCCUCUUCAAGAUCGACAAUGCGACAACUAUGCAAGGUGCAAAGUUCGAGAACAAAUCAAAGGACGACCUACACAGUUACUUCACUCUUGUCGAGUUAGAGUCCGAGCAGUGGCCAUGGGAUGUGGUCGUCGACCUUGCCGAAGACGACAGGUGGAAGAACUACUUUGAGGGGCAACAAGUUGUGAAAUGGCAGCUUGCUCAUUACCUGACGAAGAGAGUCUACGGGGUGGAAAAGAAAGCCUCUUCCUCGACUUAG